GUCAAAGAAAAAAAACCAACAUGACAAUCGGACGAACUGGCUUUGAUCACGUGCCCUAUUUUGCAUAAUCCGGCCCCUUUCAUGUUGGUAUUUGGGUGUUCAGCCUUGGUAGUUCAUCCAAGUGUGUGAAUAUUUAUUCUUGAUCGCCUGGGAAAGUGUAUCUCACACCCACGGAGUCGAAUAUUUGUUGAAUACGAUAAUACCUCUUCGACUUCGGUGGUUCAUAAAUGUUAACGGGUUUCCCUUGUUGCUAUUUCUCAACCGGUGGCAAAUCACUAGAAUUAGGCCUAGGGUACUAAUUACUAUUAUACUAUUAUUACUAUAAUGGGCUACUAUAACAUUCACAUGUAGAAAUAUUUGAGAGAUAUGGACAACCAUGAGUUCAUUAGAGAAGUGGCUAACUUGAGAAGCUACUAUCCUCAGCUAUCAAAUUUUUUUGAGGUGCAAUGUAUUAUGGCAGAUAAUGAUUCGGACAGAGAUCAGAGUUUUGAUUCAACAACUGGCACAGACAAUGAAAUUCUGCAAAAACACAUAAAAAAGCUAGAGAAAGAAAAAGCUGAUAUUGAAAGGAAAAAUCGAGAAAAAGAAUUAUUGGAACAAAAAUUAAAAAGUUUAAAAGAAACUGUUUCUGCAUUAAAAUCUCCAGGAAAAGUAUCAUCACCAGGAUCCAGCAAUCAUGGGAGUGGUAGGAAAUCAAGGAAGGAUGCCAGUCCUAAUAUGAAUUUUUCCAAUUUAUCUGAUGCAGUAACCAUGUUAAAAAACAAAUUAGAUAAAUCUCUUCAAUCAGACGAAGAUGAGAGUGACAGUAACAAUGAAUCUGACAAAAGCUCAGAAGAAGAAAAAGAAGAGGUAAUGUCGGCACACCACAAACAGAAGAUACAGAAGAAUCGAGAUGUUUUAGUAGAAAAUAUGAUCCCAGAUGACAUAUUUAAUGAUCUUAUAGCUUGUAAAAUAUUAACUACAGCUGAUGUUGGCCGUAUUAAGAAAAAAUCAUCUACCAGGGAAUCAAUCAAUGAAGAAUUGGUCAAUAAUCUAGUAUUAAAGUCAGAUAGGGCAUUUUAUGUUUUUACUAAAGCUUUACGUAAAACGUUACAAGAAUAUUUAGCCAAUCUUCUGGACCCUCCACCUAAAAAGAAAAAGAAACGAAAAAGACAACAAAAAGAAAUGAAUAUCAGUGUUGAUGUUGAAGAUGUGGCACAAGUGAAUUCAAAACAACCUACAUGUUCAUGUCAAGAAGUAGAAGAACAAAUAUUACUUCUCUCAAAAAAUGCUUACAAAACUAUCAGACGUCGUGAUCAGUCAGCUGCAGCAUUUGAACAAUUCCGUAAAGAACUUGCACAAACUAAUGCUGUUAUUAAAGAUUCCAUGGAAAUAAUGAAUACAUUAAAAAUAUUGUGUCGCCAUGGCGAUUUAAAUGGUGUAUUUCGUGGAAGUGUGAAAUUUACAAUUUUAAUUUCUUCUGUUGAGGCUUUAAAUGAUUUGUGGACUAUGUUUAAAUCCGGUAAACUUCUGUCUGUUCUACAGUCUAGUUUAAUAACAGACAAUAUGAAAAAGUAUUUUCUUGUUAAAGAUAUCAGACUAGGUGUGAGAAUAUCGGAAGAAGAGUAUAAAGCAUGUCUUGGAGAAUUCAUUCAAGGUCCAGCAGUUAAUAUAAACAGAAGAAAAACUGAAAAAUCUAACACUGUCUCAAGUCAGGAUUGUCCUUGUUUUGAUAUAGAAAAUUCACCAUCACCAAAAUCAUUUCCUCUACAUUCGGGACCUAGAAGAGCUUUCAGUGAAAUAAUUAUAAGAAGUCAGGAAGUGCCAAGUGUAUACAGUGAUUUAAUAAAAGAAAGUGUGUGUGAAAAAUGUCUCACUUCAACAUCUUAUCAUUUACGAUCUCACCCUUAUAAAUCAUGAUAGGCUUUCAUUUCCUGCCUUGCACCCCACCUCUCCUCCACAAAUAAAAUAAACAAUUAUGGAAUAAAUUUAUCUGCUAAGAAAAUAUUAAAAUGAAAUACUACAGUAUGAAUAACAAACUAAUUACUGAAGGCACCGGUUCAAUAACAACUAUACAGUAAUUUUGAUUUCAUUCAAUUUCAAUGCUUAAAGAUACAUUAUGGGAAAUUCGAUAACGAGUCCGCAGUUCUCCCUAUAAUAGUUAAAAACUAGAUAAUGUAAAGGCAAUUUGCUGAAAAUUUCAUUCAAAUUGAUCAACUAUGAACUGAGAACUAAGCGAUUGAAAUUUUCGCCUAGCCUCGAUCAUCAUUACUACACAGCAUAGUCUUGAUUAUCCAUUUAAUCAUUAAAUCGCGAAGGAAAGUUAUGCAGUAAAUCGGCUCAUAAUCCACUAAAGAUCGCAGGCUAGCAAUGCCAUCUAGAGUUGAUUAUGGUCUGGAUAAGUUAAUUAAUGUCUAAUUAAUAAUUUAGAUGACAUUUCAGGCCUAAAGAAAGACCUGCAAUGGACAGAUUUAGCUCUAGCAUAAUGUAUGUUUAAUAAUUGAAUUUUUAGAAACACUAUUAUGCUUUUACCAAAAUUAUAAUUACAGAAUAUGUUAAAAAGGAAAUUAAAUUUUAACACAGUUUAAAUUUAUUUUGUUAACAAUAUUUAGUAAAAUGUUUGAGUGUGUCAUUGAAAUUUUUAUUUAUAUUACUAUUUAUUUUAUUUUAUAACUAUUAACUGAAGUGCUCUAGUAUGUAUUUGUUAUAUGAAGAUUUUAAAGAUGUGUGUACUAUUUUGUUAU